UAGAACAAGAAAAGUGAGGAGGUGGCCGGCGAGAACUGUCCAAACACAUGUAUCCAUCCAAGUCCAAACUCAUGGAAACUGACAAGCUCAAUUUAAAAUAAGCAUUUCAUUUCAACUACUUUUACCAUGUUGAUCAAACAAAACCCUUUUGGAACAGUAAUCAUCUGCAAUGGUUAUGGUGGCUUCUGAAGUCCUCAAACCAAUCCAAGUCUCUCAAAACAAAACCCCAGGAAAUGUUGUCUCAAUUCGCCCUUUCUUUUUUCGGUAAAUCCCCUUUAAAUUCCUCAAAACCCCAUGAACCCCUCAAAUUCCAGCUCCCCCUUUCCAAUCUGUAUGUCAAGAAUUCAAUGAAGGCCCCUGUUACUUCUUCUUCAUCAAAUUUUGGGUUCAAGGAAUUGUUGGAAACUUUCACGGUGGAAGUUCAGAAAGCUGAGAACAAACCCCUAAAUGUUCCUUUGAUUGCUCCUUUCACCAUAGCCACUUCUAGGCUUGAUAAAGUGGAGAACGUGGCAAUCAGGAUCGAGUUGAAAAAUGGAUGUGUUGGUUGGGGUGAGGCUCCAAUUCUGCCUUUUGUUACUGCAGAGGAUCAACCUACUGCUAUGGCUAAAGCCAAGGGGGCCUGUGACAUGCUCAAGAAUUGUUCUUUCUUGACUCUUGAGGCAGUGCUGGGGGAGAUUGGUGAUCUUUUACCUGGCCAUCAGUUUGCUUCAGUUAGGGCUGGAAUUGAGAUGGCAUUGAUUGAUGCAGUUGCUAAGAGCAUUGGUCUACCCCUGUGGAGAUUAUUUGGUGGAGCUUUAAAUACAAUAAUCACUGAUAUAACAAUUCCUAUUGUUUCCCCGGCUGAAGCUGCUGCAUUAGCUUCAAAGUAUCACAAACAAGGAUUCAAAACUUUGAAGCUUAAGGUAGGAAAGAACCUGAAAGCUGACAUUGAAGUUUUACAAGCAAUUCGUGCCGCUCACCCUGAUUGUUCAUUCAUCUUGGAUGCUAAUGAGGGAUAUAAACCUGAGGAGGCUAUUGAAGUUCUUGAAAAAUUACAUGAAAUGGGAGUGACUCCUGUUCUUUUUGAACAGCCAGUUCAUAGAGAUGAUUGGGAAGGUCUUGGUCGUGUUACUCAUUUUGCAAAAAGCAAAUAUGGGGUAUCUGUUGCAGCGGACGAGAGCUGUCGGAGUUUAGCUGAUGUUAAGAAAAUAGUGAAGGGAGAGCUUGCGGAUGUUGUUAACAUUAAGCUUGCUAAAGUUGGAGUCCUUGGUGCUCUUGAAAUUAUUGAUUUGGCUAGGGCAUCGGGACUGGAUCUCAUGAUUGGUGGUAUGGUGGAAACCAGGUUGGCCAUGGGCUUUGCUGGUCAUCUUGCUGCUGGCCUUGGAUGUUUCAAAUUUGUUGAUUUGGAUACUCCCCUUCUCUUGUCUGAAGAUCCGGUUCUUGAAGGGUAUGAAGUUCAUGGAGCUAUUUACAAAUUCACAAAUGCUAGAGGCCAGGGUAGUUUCCUUCAUUGGGAAAAUAUUGAAUGAAGUUAUAUACAUUUGGUUGGCUGGUGAAUGUUGGAAUUCUGAAUCAGACUGGUUCGUUAAAGUGGCAAGGCAGACCCUUCCUCCAGGUAAAAGUAGCGAAUGUGUGCAAUUUAGAUGCUUGUAAGUUGGAACUUUUUGGUUUUAGGGAAGGAUUUUAUAUUGUGAUUUACAUGUGGUUAGAUUGCCCACUUAAUAUGGAACUUUUAACUAUUUUAGAAUUCCCAUUGUAAGGGAGGCGCUAUUACUCUCUUAAGGGCUACUGGCUUUGCUCAAACUCUUCAACUUUUGGAAGCUUUGCCAAAUCAAUCACACAUAACAUCCAUAUCCGCCUGCCUUGGAUUCAA